AUGGCGUCCAAAGAGAAACAAGCAGUAAAAAAUUGCAACAUGGAAGAUGCCAACCAGGAGAAUGAAAAAAAAGAUGGAAAGGAUCAAGAUGCUAAUAAAAGAGAACCUAUGGCCCUCCUUUCGGGUGCUAGUGAAUAUUCUGUACCUAGAGGAACUCGUAGGCGGUUCCGUGUUAGGCAGCCCAUAAUACAUUAUAGAUGGGACGUGACUCAGAGGCUUGGAGAGCCACAGGCGAGGAUGAGAGAAGAUAAUAUGGAAAGGAUUGGGGAGGAGGUGAGGCAGCUGAGGGAAAAGCUGAGGGAAAAGCAGUUGAGUCAUAGUCUGCGGGCAGUUAGCAUUGACCCCCCUUACCAUGAGCAUCAUGAUGAGUUUUGCCUUAUGCCUUGA